UCGCUAAGGUCUCGGCUCUUCCCUUCCUUCCUUUUGUCUAUUUAAGUUUCCAUUGAAACGACAUUUCGAUUCAUUUCGCUUAAAACCUGAAUUAAAAUAAAUAAAUAAAUUAAUUGAUAACUGAAAAUCCAAACGAAGAACAACAGAGAGAAAAAGAUAAUCAAACGACAGAUGUCGGACGCGUAUUGUUCGGAUUGCAAGAAGAGCACGGAGGUGGUGUUCGAUCACUCUGCGGGGGACACGGUAUGUUCAGAGUGCGGACUGGUGCUGGAAUCGCACUCGAUCGACGAGACGUCCGAGUGGAGGACGUUCGCAAACGAAUCGGGCGAUAACGACCCGGUCCGUGUCGGAGGUCCGACCAAUCCUCUUUUGGCCGACGGCGGCCUCUCCACGGUUAUCGCGAAACCGAAUGGAGCUUCCGGCGAGUUCUUGUCGUCGUCGCUAGGUCGGUGGCAGAAUCGCGGGUCUAAUCCGGAUCGGGGUUUGAUUACGGCUUUUAAAACCAUCGCUACGAUGUCUGAUAGGUUGGGCCUUGUUGCAACCAUUAAGGAUCGGGCAAAUGAGAUAUAUAAGAAGGUGGAAGAUCAAAAAUCUAGUCGAGGAAGAAAUCAGGAUGCGUUAUUGGCUGCCUGCCUGUACAUUGCUUGUCGACAAGAAGACAAGCCACGCACUGUCAAGGAAAUAUGCUCUGUCGCCAAUGGAGCUACAAAGAAGGAAAUUGGCCGAGCAAAAGAAUACAUUGUGAAACAGCUGGGGCUGGAGACUGGUCAGUCGGUGGAGAUGGGAACUAUACAUGCUGGGGACUUCAUGAGGCGCUUUUGUUCCAAUCUUGGUAUGAAUAAUCAAGCAGUAAAAGCUGCCCAAGAAGCUGUUCAGAAGUCAGAGGAGUUCGAUAUAAGGAGGAGCCCUAUAUCAAUUGCAGCUGCUGUUAUUUAUAUUAUAACUCAGCUUUCAGAUGACAAGAAGCUGCUCCGAGAUAUUUCACUUGCUACUGGAGUUGCAGAAGGAACAAUCAGAAAUUCAUACAAGGAUCUUUAUCCCCAUGUCGCAAAAAUAAUACCAAAUUGGUAUGCCAAGGAGGAGGAUCUUAAAAACCUUUGCAGCCCAUAAAAUGUAGAGCAUUCAAUAAGGCGAAAUGAACAGCUUCAAACUUAAUUGCUUUUUUUGAGCCGUCUCACUUUGAUGUAUUAAGAACUGUUAAGCAUACGAAGACCUUAAGGAUUUUGGUAUUCUUUACCUCAACUUAUUUUUCUCUUUGUGCAGUUGAUUGCACCCUUCAAUUUAAUAGAUGGGAAAAAGGAAAUAGAGCUACUCGUAACUUGUUUUUCA